CAGAUGCCCUUAUUUAUGAAUGUAGAGAUAAAGAGAUCAAGGGGUGUUCUUCCAUGUAACAGCUGGUAAUGAAAAAUGGAAGAGUGGAAAGAGCAUUUCGAUUCUACCAAAAUCCCUAAAUAUAGGGUGGAACUUCAUAUUCAUCUUGAUGGAUCUGUUCGUCCAGAAACAAUUUGGGAGAUCUCUCAGCGGAAAGGAAUACAUCUUGCCAGCAGCUCUGCUGAUUACUGUUCCAGCCUUGUCACAAAACAGCCAACCAAUCUCGCCAACUUUUUGGCCCCCAUCGCCACAUACCUGCCGGUCAUUGCGGGUGACGAAGAGGCUAUCGAAAGAAUAGCUUUUGAAUUCUGCGAGGAUGCCGCUCGGGAACACAUUUUGUACGCAGAGACCCGCUACAGCCCCCAUCUAUUGUCUGCAGAGGGUUUUCCACCUGAAAAAGUAGUGGAGUGUAUCAAUAGAGGUCUAAAGAAUGGUUGUGAGCGUUUUGGUGUCGACAUCCGCAGCAUACUCUGUAGCAUACGAGGAAAACCAGGCUGGUCAAAAGAAGUGGUAGAACUGUGCCAGAAGUAUAGAGACGAAAGAGUAAUUGCUAUGGACAUCGCUGGAGAUACGAAUGCUGUGACUAACACAUCAGAAGACGAUGUUGAAGCCUUUCAGUCGGCCUAUCGGUUGGGGAUCCACCGCACUGUCCAUGCAGGAGAGGAUGGGCCUGCAGAUCAGGUGCGCUUUGCCCUUGAGCAUCUAUUUGCUGAGAGGAUAGGCCACGGGUACCAUGUGGUGGAUGACGACGCCCUCUAUCGCCGCUGUCUUGAUAUGGACGUACACUUCGAGGCAUGUCCGCACUCCAGCCUGCUGACGGGAUCAGUGACAGAUAGGAAGGCCAAGCACCCUAUCGUGAGGUUUGCGGAGGACAGGGCUAACUUCUCCAUCAACAGAGAUGACAGUACCCUCAUCCAGAAGACUUUAGACGAUGACUACGAACUGGUCCGAAGUUUUGGACUCAAUGAUUUACACUUUGCCAGAGCUAAUUUCAAUGCAGCUCGAAGUGCCUUUUUGCCUGACGACGAAAAACAGACGCUCAUCGACAAGUUGAUGAAUGUUUAUGGAGUGCCAACUCUUUAAUAUGCUUUAAAUUAUUUCUCGAAUCUUAUAGAGCAGAUAAAUAAAAAUGUAGUAAAUAA